AUGGAGUGGGAAGAGAGGAGCAACAAGGUUGCGUCGGAAUUUAUAAUAAGACUGGGAAAUGCAAGGCACAAGAAUUUAGUCAGAUUGUUGGGGUUUUGCCACAACCCGCAUCUAGUCUAUCUUUUGUAUGAUUACUUGCCUAAUGGGAACUUGGCUGAGAAAAUGGAAAUGAAAUGGGAUUGGGCUGCAAAAUUCAGAACAGUAGUUGGAAUUGCUAGAGGACUUUGCUUCCUUCACCAUGAAUGUUACCCAGCUAUACCUCAUGGUGACUUGAAGGCCAGCAACAUUGUCGAUGGCAAAAAGAACAAGGUUUAUGGGCAGAACCUUUGUUAUUUGGCUAAGUUAUUUCUUGAUCACAAGACCCUCUAUUAUGAUGUAGACCUGUUUCUGUUCUAUGUUUUGUGUGAAUGUGAUGAUCAAGGAUGUCACAUGGUUGGCUAUUUCUCCAAGGAAAAACAUUCUAAGGAAUCUUACAAUUUGGCAUGUAUCCUCACCCUACCACCUUACCAAAGGAAAGGCUAUGGCAAAUUUCUAAUUGCAUUCUCAUAUGAACUGUCCAAAAAGGAGGGCAAAGUUGGCACACCUGAAAGACCCCUUUCAGACCUUGGACUGCUAAGCUACAGAGGAUAUUGGACCAGGGUUCUCUUAGACAUUCUGAAGAAGCACAAGGGAAACAUUUCUAUCAAGGUACCAUAUUCUUUUCUAUUAAUGUUUCUAAGACACAGAAGAAUUCAUCUAUUCUGUUUACAAAUAAAGUUCAUUUGA